CAAUAAUCUUCGUGGACCGAACGUUUCUGUCCUCCCCACCAGCCAAUCAGACAAAUCCUAUAAAUGCUCUUCGUCGUCCGCAAGACGAAGAAGUCACCUCCCGGGACGCUCGAGCUCUCCCGAGUGAGGCCAUGUAUCCGUUUUGAAGUGUCCGUUUGUUUCGGUCAUCUUCAACAGUGAUUGAUCACGGCGAUCGAGCCAUGUGGAAGCUGCUGUGGGCGGCCGUUCUGGUGGCCGUGCUCUCCACGGGUCAUGCAGAUGCAAACCGUGAGAGAAGCAAACGUGCAAUAGAGAACAGCCCCCAAUUUCAAGGUUAUGUCUAUGAACCACCUUUAAAACCUUUCACUUUGCCCUCUGAAGGGUCACGAACAGAUAUAGUAACAUUGAGACCGACGACGUUUACCAUACCGCCCAGAACGCCACCCCAUACGGAUGGAUAUACAUAUACAUCCCCAAUAAUUCCGUUCUCAACACCGCCAAGAACACCGCCGCCACCGCCACCGCCACCGCCAAGAACACCCCACCCUCCUCGAACUCCACCUCCACAAACUCCUCCACCGAGAACAUCGCCACCAUACAUACCACCUCCACCGAAAACGCCACCACCAUAUGUACCACCUCCGCAAACUCCUCCGCCACCAAGAACGCCACCACCAUAUACUCCACCACCUCGAACUCCACCUCCACAAACUCCUCCACCAAGGACUCCGCCAACGUAUCUACCACCUCCCAAAACUCCACCACCACAAACGCCGCCACCGUAUAUUCCACCUUCACGAACUCCUCCAACUCCACCACCAUAUACUCCAUCACGACCAACCCCACCACCAUAUACUCCACCACCGUAUACUCCAUCACGACCAACCCUACCAUCAUAUACUCCACCACCGUAUACUCCAUCACGACCAACCCUACCACCAUAUACUCCACCACCGUAUACUCCAUCACGACCAACGCCACCACCAUAUAUUCCACCCUCACGAACUCCUCCACCGAAAACGCCCCCAACAUACAUUCCGCCUCCUCAAACUCAACCCCCUCGAACUCCUUCUCCCCCAUCAUACACCCCGUUCCCAUUAACUUCUCCAUCAAAACCACCAUAUAUUCAUACUACAGAAAAAGUUUCUACAUAUCCACCUAUUGUAACUAAAAUCCCACCUCCUCCUCCACUUCCCCCUAAAACCGGACCUCCUUAUCUACCGCCGACGACAUCUCGAACACCUUUGACAACAAGAUAUACUACACAAUAUACCACGCGAUAUACUACUCCAUAUACUACAAGACCUACCACCCAAUUUACCACGCGAUAUACCACUCCAUAUACUACAAGACCUACCACCCAAUUUACCACGCGAUAUACCACUCCAUAUACUACCAGACCUACCACCCGAUUUACUCCGCCAGUCACUCAACCAUCUACUUACCUUCCGCCUUAUUCUACACCAUCCACUAGAUAUACGACAACAACUGUACGUACAACAACUCCUUACACUCCAAUAACAUAUACCAGUUCAAGUAUAAGAACGACAACGCCAUCAACCACCAGAUAUACUCCAACUAUAAGAACGACAACGCCAUCAACCACCAGAUAUACUCCAAGUACAAGAACAACAGCUUCUACCACCAGAUAUACUCCGUCCUCCACUCCAGGCACUACUUAUUUGCCGCCCAGGACAACCCCCUCUACCACUAGAUUUAUCCCUGGUCCAACGACUACGGAAAUACCGAAAACCAGACCACCACCGUAUCUUCCGCCGUCAACCCCAAGACCGGUAUACCCAACUAUAACGCCACCGCCGCCACCCCCGCCCAUCUACAGCAUCACACCUAGUACGCCAACCUUGCCGCCGCCUACUGGAAGACCGGCGCCACCCCCGACUCUGCCUCCGACGACACCCAGACCAACAUUAGGAUACAAUUAUCCAAUCCCCGAUAUUCCAUUCGAAACUCGAUGAGAACCAGUGACGUGAACGACUUGCAGCGCAUUCCAAUCAACGAAAUCUUGAAUAUUAGUAUGCGUAAUAUUAAUAUUAGCAAAGAUUAUUAUUUAAUAGUCGGUGAAGUAGCGCUGAGUCGUUUGCCGGACAUUUAGAGAGUAUCGCCUUUUUUAUAUAUCGAUUGUUUUCGCCACACUGUUAUCAAACGAGAAUUUAGUUCAUCAACGAAUGUCUUUUUACAUGUGUAACGAGUGUGGAAAAAGAAUAAAAAUGUUUAAAAUAAAAUGCCACCUAUAUAAUAAUGCCCUUUCAUCUUAAUAUGUGUUCUAUUUAACACAAAGUAUACAUUAAAGUCAGAAAUAAUUUUAAAAGUUAUGUAAAUUACAUUGUUGUGAAAUUCAGCGAUGUAUUUAACAUGUAAAAAUAAAGUGAAUACAGAAUUGCGCUAAUCAGUGAAGAGCGUGUGUACAUUUGAAUGCGCAAUUAUAAUAAUGUGUAUACAUCAAAAAA